UGAUGAGGUUAAAAAAAAAAAAGGGGGGGGAAGAGAAACCGGCUUCGUGUCCGUAGGAAACAGAAGUAGCGAUUGUUUGCGCUUAAAAAAGGGGGAGCGCAAAGUCGCGGGCGGCGGCAGCGACCGCGGACCGGCAAGUGCAGCUUUAUUUCGCGAAGUUGAAAGAGGAGGCGAGCGGCGGCUGUCACUGCGCGCCGGGAGGCGGCCGAGCACAGCACAGCUCAGCGCAGCACAGCUCAGCUCAGCUCAGCUCAGCUCAGCUCAGCUCAGCUCAGCACAGCCCGGGCAGCGGCGGGCACCGGCGCAGCCCCUGCCCCCGCCCGGGGCUCGCCCUCCGCUCUCCGGCCGGGGCAAGAGGCGCGGCCGCCGCCGGCGAGCGGCGGCGGGGUCCCGGAGACGGCCCCGCUCGGCGGCUCCUCCGCGCCCUGAGCGCGGCCGGCGGUCCGCGGCAGCCCCCCCUCCGCCGCCGCCGCCGCCGCCCGGCCGCCGCCGCCGCCCGCGGACCCGCCGCCCUCCUGGAUGCUCCGGAGCCGCCGCCGCCGGGGGCGGCCGCCGGCCGGGAUCGCGCCCGCCCGCUGCGCGGAGGCUGCGCGGAGCCGCGGGAGUGAAACUGCUGCGCGGAGCGAGAGCGGCGAGGGAGCGAGCUCGGCGGCCGGGAGGGAGCCCCGGGCCGCUCUCCGCGGGCGCGGCUCGCCCGGCCCGGCCCCGCGCGGCCCGGACUAGAGGCGGCGGAGUGGGAUGAAAGGGGGGAUCCCGAGCGGGAGCUGGAUGCACACUGCUACGGAAGACUGUUCCUCGGAGCUGUUGCUGCUAAGUCUCAGAUCCCCGACUGUGAACAGGGUGGGUUGUCUCCUUCUUCAAAGAUCUCAGGUCUGAGUGAGUCUCCGGUGUACGUGUAUAUAUGUUACCUAUAACAUAUAUAAUCUAUUACAUAGCUAUUAAUCUAUCCCCCCCUCCCCCGAAAGUGGCCAAAGUCUUUAAUAGGAGUUACUCUAUAUGUGGAAGCAAAGAAAUCUUCUUUCAAGUGGAGCUGCACUUUUGCUGAAUAAUCACGUGUGAGUUAGGGGCGGGCUCUUGGCAAGGAGGUUUUUUACGAUUAUUUACUACAAGGUCUACUCCAGAAGAUUAACCAUCCCAAUCCUUCUGUCAGUCUCCGAUGCCAUGCCUGGUUAAAAAAAAAAAAAAAAAAAAUCUCAUCUUUUUUCCGAUCGUCAGUCACCCUAAAGAAUGGCCGAGCCUUCUGGGAACGAGCUGGCGUCCGCGGCUGCCAAGGGGGACCUAGUGCAACUUACUAAUUUGUUGCAAAAGAAUGUAAACGUCAAUGCACAAAAUGGAUUUGGGAGGACUGCGCUGCAGGUAAUGAAACUCGGGAACCCCCAAAUUGCCCGCAGGUUGCUAAUUAACGGUGCCAACCCCAAUCUGAAAGACAGUACUGGCUUCGCUGUAAUUCAUGAUGUAGCCAGAGAGGGUUUUCUGGACACUUUGCAGACUCUGCUGGAGUUUAAGGCUGAUGUUAACAUUGAGGAUAACGAGGGCAACCUGCCCUUGCACUUGGCGGCCCGGGAGGGGCACGUGCGGGUGGUGGAGGUCCUGCUGGAGCGCGCCGAGUGCAAGGUGGGCCACCAGAACAAGCGGGGGGCCACCGCCUACGACCUGGCCAAGCUCUACAAGAGAUCCGCCGUGGUGAAGCUCUUGGAGGACAGGAGCUUCUUCCCUGCAGCCACGGAUUAAACCCAGCUCGGAUGCACUCUCAUUUGGACAUUAAGGCUUUCAGCCUUCUCGUUUUUUCCCUCUCUCCUCCUUUUUAAUAACAUUUGUUGCAACCUUACUUCUUUUUUUUUUUUUUUUUUUUUUUUUUAAAUCAGCUGAUAGUGUAAGUCUCAAGAAAUUCUAGAGGUGGGUUUUUAGAUCAUGGAAAUGUUUUAAAUCCACGCUCCCAACAAUUUUAUUACACCUGUCAUUUAUAAAGUAGUCACAGACUUGGCCAUGUAUAUGGUUGGUCGCUCAUACCUAGUUUUUCCAGUAUCAAGUUUUACAAUUUAUUUUAGUUCAUUUGUAUUAAGUCAUUAAUACAAGAUCUACAUAUUCACAUGUUUAAUGUUGCCGGACUUUAAGAAAAGGAAAAAGCUUGCUGUGAUUUCUCCCACCUCUCCACGCAACCCCCUUCCCCCCCACCCCCUUCGGUCAGGCUUAAGAGUUUUUAGUCUUGUUUUGGAUUAAAACAGCCGUGUAAGGGGUAACCUGCGCCCCCCUGCUCAGGCAGAGCUUGAAGUCAAAGGCUGCUUGGCCUGAGGACAGAGGAUGGCGCUUAGAGGCUUUGGGAAAUAGCUGCAUUUUGACACUAACAAGAGCUUGUAGAAGUAGGUCACUUACUUUCUAAAUGUAGAUUACACUUUUCCUCUUUGUAUAUUUAAACUUUCACCAAGCUGGUUUUGAAUUUAGUUACCAGAAACAGUAUAAAUGGUGUUGUGUUGGUUGUUUUUUUUUUUUGAUUGCCAGAGGUUUUAAACAGCUCUGUUUAGUAGUUCGUGUUUACUGUGCACUGAACAAGACGUUUUUUCUAGUUUCAAAACAAGCAGCAGAGAACCAUUGUCAGAGGCAAGAGAACACGAAGGCUGCAGUACAAGAAGUUUUCUGGUCGCUUCAUAAGCUGAGUGCAGUUUAGAUGCUCCUUAAGAAAUAUUUGCUUUCCACCAACUCUUCUGUUUUGCCUGGAAAUAAACUAUUUAAAUCAUAGAUGCAUCUCACAAAACGGGAAUAUUUGAAUACAGUGACAUGUAGGAAGCAGCACGUUUGGUAUUCGGGAAGUUAUAUUAUUGCUUGCACCUAAAGCACAAUUUAACUAUCAAAACUUUGCCAUUGCAACACUGCUGAGAGUGUUCAUCAGGCUCAAACUCAUUUACCUCUCCAGCUACAACAGGAGCUAACGACGCUCAGCACAGCAUGAGAAAGAGUUUAGUGUGAAACUGUUAACAUUUGUACUGGAUCUAGUUGUUGGACAGACGGGCAGUUUAAAGUGCUUUAUUUUGACCAGUCUACAUUUUAAUUGCUCAAAAUAGAAGGUUUUAAAUCAGUGCAAAAUGAAUAGUACUUAAAAUAGCACUUAAAAGAGGAGGGGGUGUACAUUAGUUUAGAUUUUUAACUCUUAAAAAAUAUUUUAGCCCCACAAAAUCAGUUACUACCGGUUUUGAGUAAAAAGUAAUUUGCUGAAACUGUCUGUCACGUUUACUAUACGCUCUGUCCCACUGAUGUGUUUCCUGAUUAAAAACCUCUGUGAAAUAUGAA